CCCUAUAGUUUGCCGUGUCUUUGUUUGUCGAUAUCCUGGUAACCAAAUUCACUCACUUUCACUUUUGCUACUCUUGUCUGGUCCUCGUUCUACACAGUCAUGGAUUAUCAGAAUCGUGUCGGAUCCAAAUUCGGCGGUGGUGGUGUUGCCGGGGCUUCAGAGACCAAUGUCGACCGGCGUGAACGUCUUAGGAAGCUUGCAUUGGAGACGAUAGACCUUGCCAAGGAUCCGUAUAUUCUUCGCAACCAUCUUGGCUCUCUCGAAUGUCGUCUAUGCCUGACCCUUCACACAAAUGAAGGCUCUUAUCUCGCUCACACCCAAGGGAAGAAACAUCAAACUAAUCUUGCCCGCCGCGCCGCUCGCGAUGCAAAAGACACUCAGUUGAUGAUUGCUCCCACCCAAAGUAACGUUCAACGAAAAGUUUUCCUAAAGAUCGGUCGGCCUGGAUAUCGUGUUACAAAAGUGAGGGACAUGGACACUGGGAAGGAAGGUAUGAUGGUCCAGGUUCAUCUUCCCCAGAUCAAAGCAGGCGUGAUCCCUCGAAGACGAUUCAUGAGUGCCUGGGAACAAAAGAGGGAGCCACCGAACAAAGCAUACCAAUACCUCAUCGUUGCGGCCGAGCCAUACGAAACUAUUGCAUUCCGUAUACCAGCUCGUGAGAUUGAAGACGAGGCAGAUGAUGCUGGAUACUGGAAUUGGUCCCAUUGGGAUCCAGACACUAAACAAUACAGCUUUCAGUUCAUGUUUCGCUUGGCCUUUUAGUCAACUCGUGUUGGGUUAUAUACGGUAUCUCAUCCUCUGCUGUACAACAGUUAUCGAACCUCAUUGCUUCAAUUAAUUUG